AUGCGACCCGGGCCGGCUCCCACACGUCUCCAGCUGGUUCCUGUUUCCGAACAGCUGUGCCAGGCCCUGGGCAGUCCCCAGCGCUGUGGCCCGGGCUGGCUCCCUCACGGCUCCAGCUGGUUCCUGGUUCCUCUGUGCCGGGCCCUGGGCAGCUCCCAGCGCUGUGGCCCGGGCUGGCUCCCACACGGCUCCAGUUGUUUCUCGUUCUCCCCGGACGCUCUGAGCUGGGGCCGGGCCCUCAACGCCUGCGCGGACCUGGGCGCGCACCUGGCGGUGAUCAAAGAGCAGGAGGAGCAGCUCUUCCUGCUGGAGCACAGCAACCGCAGCAGCUCCUAUUGGCUGGGGCUGAGGGACCUGCAGCGGGCGGGGGCAAUGGCGCUGGCUCACGGGAGAGGAGCCCACCGUGAUGUUUUGGGACGUGUGGCUGCAGGAGGAGCAGCGGGAGCUCGGGGGCUGCGGGGCCCUGGGGCCCAAGGGGCGCUGGGUGAGCGUGAGGUGCUCGGAGCCGCUGCGCUGGUGUGCCAGAGACCCAACCGCUGCUGAAACCGGGAUUGGGGGCAAAAAUCGGGGUUUUAUUAAUGGGAUUUGUGUAAAAAAUCGGGAUUUUAUUAAAGGGAUUGAUGUAAAAAAAUCGGGAUUUUAUUAAAGGGAUCGGGGUAAAAAUCCUCGGAGCCGCUGCGCUGGGUGUGCCAGAGACCCAACCGCUGCUGAAACCGGGAUUGGGGGCAAAAAUCGGGGUUUUAUUAAUGGGAUUUGUGUAAAAAAAUCGGGAUUUUAUUAAAGGGAUUGGUGUAAAAAAUCGGGAUUUUAUUAAAGGGAUUGCUGUAAAAAAUCGGGAUUUUAUUAAAGGGAUCGGGGCAAAAAUCCUCGGAGCCGCUGCGCUGGGUGUGCC